GCUUAUCGAUUUACUCUGGCGUUUUUGACGAAAAUGGAGCAACCGACAUCGCCGGGAACAGAGUCCGUGAACCUCCGUGAAUGCAUGGAAUCACUGCUAUGUUUUACCCUCCGCUCUCACUUAUAUGAACCCGUUCCAAGUUUCGAUCUCGACCUGACCAGAGAUUUUUGCCUCCAUCUCCUCGAGGAUGAUUCAGAGAAACCUGCGGUUUACAAGCUUCUAGCAAGGGCUCUGUCUGAAUGUCUAGCUUCCGUGGGUGAUAAAAAUUCUAACUUGGAGAAAUACAGCAAACUGUUCCAUGGCUUGGGACAUGACUUGGUAAAUAUGUUGAAGAAGGUAAACUUUGAGCUUCAUGUCCAAGAGCCUUAUUUCACACAAUUGAAAGAUGGUUUGAAAACUGUUGAAGGAAGAUGUGCAGUGGGAGACUACAUGGGAAUUAGUUCAGGAGCUUUUAUCUUGUUCAAUAAAUGCUUGCUGCUUGAAGUUCAGGACGUUCACCAUUAUACUUCAUUCUCAGAAAUGCUGAGAGUAGAGGGUCUUGCCAAAGUUCUUCCUGGAGUUCAGGUUAUAGAAGAAGGUGUUCGAGUUUACAGAAACUUUUACUCUGAAGAGAAGGAAAGAUUGAACGGUGUUGUAGCCAUUCGUGUUGCAAAACCAGCUAAUCAACCUUAUGAAGCUUUGGCAGGAGUAUUAUCUGAACUGAAGUCCACUGGGAUCAAAAGUCUGUUGGAUGACUAUACAGCCACAAUUACCUUGUAGUUCCAUUUGAACACAUUUCGAGCGCACCAACUACCAAGGUCAAGGUGUUUGAUAUUUUUAAACUUGAACGUUGUAAAACCAACGUGGAUGUUGUGUAUAGCUAAAAUACAGAAGAUUGCCAUCGUUUCUUA